AUGACCCCUGGCUGGGUGCUGCUCUGCCUGCUCCCGGCGGUGCGGGCCGCGGACGAGCGGAGCCCCGGGGCGGCCCUAGCGGGCCCCAAUGCCUCGCACUUCUUCUGGAACAACUAUACCUUCUCUGACUGGCAAAACUUCGUGGGCCGGAGGCGCUAUGGGGCCGAAUCUCAGAACCCCACGGUGAAAGCCCUGCUUAUCGUGGCUUACUCUUUCAUCAUCGUCUUCUCGCUCUUCGGCAACGUUCUGGUCUGUCAUGUCAUCUUCAAGAACCAGCGGAUGCACUCGGCCACCAGCCUCUUCAUCGUCAACUUGGCUGUUGCCGACAUUAUGAUCACGCUCCUCAACACCCCCUUCACUUUGGUCCGCUUUGUGAACAGCACGUGGGUGUUUGGGAAAGGCAUGUGCCACGUCAGCCGCUUCGCGCAGUACUGCUCCCUGCACGUCUCCGCCCUGACGCUGACGGCCAUCGCUGUGGACCGCCACCAGGUCAUCAUGCAUCCGUUAAAACCCCGGAUCUCAAUCACAGAAGGUGUCAUCUACAUCGCAGUCAUCUGGACCAUGGCAACGUUCUUUUCACUCCCACAUGCUAUCUGCCAGAAAUUAUUUACCUUUAAGUACAGUGAGGACAUCGUCCGCUCCCUGUGCCUGCCAGACUUCCCUGAGCCAGCCGAUCUCUUCUGGAAGUACCUGGACUUGGCCACUUUCAUCCUGCUUUACAUUCUCCCCCUCCUCAUCAUCUCCGUGGCCUACGCCCGUGUGGCCAAGAAGCUGUGGUUGUGCAACACCAUCGGCGACGUGACCACGAAGCAGUACCUGGCCCUGCGGCGCAAGAAGAAGAAGACCAUUAAGAUGCUGAUGCUGGUGGUGGUCCUCUUUGCCCUCUGCUGGUUCCCCCUCAACUGCUACGUCCUCCUGCUGUCCAGCAAGGUCAUCCGCACCAACAACGCCCUCUACUUUGCCUUCCACUGGUUUGCCAUGAGCAGUACCUGCUACAACCCCUUCAUCUACUGCUGGCUCAACGAGAACUUCAGGGUCGAGCUGAAGGCGCUGCUGCGCAUGUGCCAGAGGUCGCCCAAGCCUCACGAGGGACAGCCUCCCUCCCCUGUGCCCUCCCUCAGGGUGGCCUGGGCGGAGAAGAGCAGCAGCCGCAGGGCUCCUCCAGCCAACAGCCUCCUGCCGUCCUCCCAGCUGCAGUCUGGGAGGACAGACCUGGCGUCUGUGGAGCCCAUUAUGAUGAUGACUUAGAGGAGGAGGAGGACGCGGGGAAGGGGUGAGAGUGAGGAGCUCUGUCUGCUGAGGAGGCUGGCAGAGCACCCGAGAAGAGAGCCUGGAAAAGAGUCUGUCCUCACACAUGAUGAACUUCACAUGCCAGAAACAAGUUCCUGCAGAAGCCCGAGGUCGCUUGAGUUCCCACACAACUCUGUCCAGCCUCUUGGCUCCAUUAGAGAAAACAAAAAGGCAACUUCCAGCUCAACACAUACUGGUGAAUUUCUGCCUGAGACAUGCUGGUUCCCCGAGCCAGAGGGCCCGGGACAGCUUCUACUCACAUGGGGGUUGAGUUAGGCAACUGCUCCCAGCAGUCGGGUAGCCGCCUUCCAACACUCCGCACCACUGAGCGCUCGUGACAGAGCCGGGAGUCAGACUUGGGGUGUGCACCACCCAGGGGCACGGCGCUGCUUGAGAAAGGACUGUUGGCCAGUGAAAGGUUCGCCAGCCAGAGCUGUUGUGGAGCUUUGAAUGCCUUGCUUUCUGAAGUUGCUGGAACAAGAUGAAUCCCAGUUCUAUGGUGGCCCAACACUUGACAAGAAAGGGCUAGCUGGGCUCUUUACUUUAGUAAACAGGAAUUACUGAGUUUCCUUAAAACAAAGAAAAACUCUCACUGAAAGUCUGAAACAUUCAGAAAAGCACAAAAAGGAAAAUAAAAACUACCCCCUUCUCCCACUAACCUGUGAUAAGUUCUGUCAAAAUGCUAUGGAUUUCUUGGCAACUUUUUUCUGUAUGUAUGUGUCUGUGAUUUUCGUUUCAUGUUGAAUUACAGUUUUCCAUUUAGAAAUAAGAAAUACGAGCAUAGCUGAGAACUCCUGAACCCCUCUCUGAGGAGUAAUAUCUACUGGAAGAGUUAGAUGAGAUGAGAGAAGAGCCAAAGGAGAAAACUGUCCCAGAGCAGACAGACUGCCUGGUCUUGCAACCCGCAGUGGGAAGGGCCUGGUUAAAGGACCCCUCUUAGGACGGUGGCCAUUGUGAUAAACCAGGAACAAAACUCAUCCAGGAGAUACAAUUCCUCUUCUCCUGCAGUCUCACAGAACAAGAUGCGAUGAAAUACUGCUCUGCUUUUGCAGGAGACGAGAGAGCAGGCUUUCCAACAGGCUCUAAAGCUGUCUAGACACGCUGUUUCUCCUCUGUGUUGUCUGAAUAGUAAGGCUGUUUCAUAUCAAUUUCCACAAGACAGCUCACAUUCAACCUUACUCUGGUGGCUCACAUGGUGCUUAUCAAAACCUAUGGCAUCAUGAUGGUCCUUAAUAACUCAACUUGCCAGAGAAACCUCAUUCCAGAGACAAUGAGUGUUUUCAUCACCUUCUGUCUGGUCCUGAGUGAGUCACGAGGUCACCCAGGUGAGAGGUGCCCCAGGCAGAGGAGAGCUUCAUUCACAACCCUAAGCAAGUGCUGCUCUCAUGCUUGUUUGAGGUUUCUUUCUAGCAACCAGAGACAUUCUGAAAGCAAACAAUAGCCGUGGAGCUGAGUGGAAAACUGAGGCUCGGGAGAAGGGGUUAGUCUGAGGUUCAUUUAGAUCUCUUGGCUAUUAACUGGACUUUGUCAUGUCAU